GUUGCGGAGCGGAUCCAUAAACGCUCGCUACUAUUGGAUGAUCUAAAAGAAUAUACCAAUAGCAGUGACUAUUGUUUUUAGUUUGACAAAAUUUUAGAUGGCGCUAUUGACGUCCAUGAGUUUUCGAGGUACACAAGGUUUCGGAAAUUCAAUCUCCUAAAGUAAUUUAAUUUAAUGCAACAAUUAUAUAUAAACUGAUUAUAAAAGAAUAUAAAUAUGGCGGGAGGGAAAAAUAGUCAGACUGGAUUUCAACCGGAUUCCGAUGUUCAUAUAACUUAUGAGGAACAACAGAAGAUUAACAAAUUUGCUAGACAAAAUGCGAAGCUGGAAGAUUAUAAAGAAGAACUUAGAGUAAAGCAGAACGAACUGAAAAAUUUGGAAGAUGCUUGUGACGAACUAGCUCUUAUGGAUGACGAUGCAAAGAUACCGUAUUUUAUUGGAGAAGUAUUUAUCUAUCAUCAUCUUGAGAAAACACAGAACUCUUUGGAAGAAGCCAAAAGUAAGAAAAAAGAAGAUAUUGCAAAAUUAGAGGGCAAAUGUGCAGAUCUAAAGACAAUCAUGUCUCAAUUAAAAACGCAAUUAUAUGCAAAAUUUGGUACUCGUAUAAACUUAGAAUCUGAAGAAUUAGAUUAA